AACUCCGCAACAUCUCCCCUCCACAACACAGCCAAAAUGCUCGCCCGUGCUACUUUCCGCGCCGCAUCGGCCCCAACCCUUGUCGCCCGCCGCGGCUUCCAGUCCACUCGCGCCCAGUUCUCCAGCCCGUACCACUACCCCGAGGGCCCGCGCAGCAACUUGCCAUUUGACCCCCUCAAGAAGGGCUUUGCCUUCAAGUACUGGGGAUUCAUGGCCACUGGAUUCUCCCUUCCCUUCCUCCUCGCAGUCUGGCAAACCAAGAAGAACAAAUAGGCACCAUCUCUCACAGUGUGGACAUGGGGCUCGGGCACGCCAGGGACACAAUGCCUGUAGAAUAUUGGGCGGCCCUUUUGGUGACCGUAUAGACAUAGCAGUAUCAAUUUCAUUGUCUGUCUCUCACUGCUUGUAACAUAAACUGAAGACUUGUGGUGCUAACUCGUCGGAUAAUGGCGGGCUGAUCGGUGGGCGCGACGCCUUGUAGUGUGCAAUACUCUUCAGAGAUUUUUUAAGCCUAUAUUGAAAAGGCCAAAACUGUACCAAAAAUGUACAAUGUUUAGCUCAAUGGCUCUUGCACUCGCA